CUAACGCUGACGUCGACUUCUGCACCAAAAUGGCGUCGUUGACAGCAGUCAUGCAGACGAACCGGUCCGGUUCUUCAUCAAUAUCCAAAAAACGCACAGGAAUGAUGACCCAAAAGAAGUUUAGACUUAUGGACAACAAAGUUAUGCUGUUCCUCUCGUUGGCGUCCAUGUUGCAUUGCGCUUUGGCUGACGGUAAAACUCUGGUUCUUCUGGACAACCUCAACAUCAGAGACACCCAUUCAAUCUUCUUCCGCAGUCUGGCAGAUCGAGGCUUUGACGUCACUUUCAAGACAGCCGAUGAUCCCUCCCUAUCUCUGAUCAAAUAUGGCCAGUUCGUGUAUGACCACCUCAUUAUCUUUGCACCGUCAGUUGAGGACUUUGGAGGAAAUAUAAAUGUGGAGACGAUCACAUCCUUCAUUGAUGGUGGAGGAAAUGUCCUGGUUGCUGCCAGUUCAGAUAUCGGGGACCCACUGAGGGAGCUGGGAAGUGAAUGUGGCAUCGAGUUUGACGAGGAAAAGACUGCAGUCAUUGACCAUCACAACUAUGAUCUGUCUGACCCCGGAGAGCAUACUCUGAUUGUCGCUGAUCCAGAGAACCUCCUGAAGGCUCCAACUAUUGUCGGCAAACCCACCAACAGGCCUGUUUUAUUCAAGGGUGUUGGCAUGGUGGCUGACCCAGAAAACCCUCUGGUCCUGGACAUCCUUACUGGCUCUUCUACUUCAUACUCCUUUUUCCCUGACAGACCAAUCUCUCAGUACCCCCAUGCUGUUGGCAAAAACACCCUGCUGAUUGCCGGCCUGCAGGCCAGGAACAAUGCCAGAGUGGUUUUCAGCGGCUCCAUGGACUUCUUCAGCGAUGCUUUCUUCAACUCUGCUGUGCAGAAGGCCAGACCUGGGUCUGAGAGGUACGAGCAGACAGGGAACAUGGAGCUGGCUGAGGCUCUGUCUCGCUGGGUGUUCAAGGAGGCCGGAGUCCUUAGGGUGGGAGCUGUCACCCAUCAUCCCGUUGGAGAGACCACUCCCCCUGCAGCAUACACAAUCACUGACCUCGUGGAGUUCAGCAUCGUCAUUGAGAUGUUGUCUGAGGGCCGCUGGAUUCCCUUUGAUGGAGAUGAUAUUCAGCUUGAGUUUGUGAGGAUUGAUCCCUUCGUCAGGACGUACCUCAAGAAGAAUGGAGGUAAAUAUAGCGUUCAGUUCACGCUGCCUGAUGUGUACGGGGUCUUCCAGUUCAAGGUGGACUACAACCGUCUCGGAUACACACAUCUCUACUCCUCCACUCAGGUUUCAGUGCGUCCCCUGCAGCACACACAGUACGAGCGUUAUCCCUCAGCCUACCCCUACUAUGCCAGCGUCUUCUCCAUGAUGGCAGGUCUCUUUGUCUUCAGCGUCGUCUUCCUGCACAUGAAAGAGAAGGAGAAGUCAGACUAAAGCAGGAUAAAAGAGAAGGAGAAGUCAGAACAAUGCAGGAUAGACGUAAUGAACUUGUUGUGUGAAGAGUUUAAUUUGUGUGUCUGGAUGGAUUGAACCUUCACGCAGGGAUUUGGACAGCAGUCCUUGAAUACAGUACAUGUUCGGUUAUUGGGGCUCUCAACUAAUUGCUUGGUGGAAGGCACAAAGGUUGAUGACUAUAACUCAAUGCAGUGUUUUUUUUUUUUUUUGUAUGUUGAAAUCACUAAAAGGCCUGUAAAUGUUCUGAAGUCAGUCAGCCCUUUGUAUAAAGUUGUAUUACAUUUGAUAAAGUAUCUCCCAAGUUGGGCACCUGCCUUAAAAAUGACAGUAAUACAUGUUCAAAUUUGACAUAUGUUUUCUGAUUGAGGUAAAUGUUAUUGUGGUAACUACACGCACUGAAAAUGCCAACUGUUUAUUUGAUGAGACUGUAAUUCCUUAAAAGAUUGGCAUCAACAAGACAAUAAAAUACUGACAUUCCACUCAGACAAAAUUUAA